AUGGCGCAGCAGAUGGCGAAGAGGCGGAUCAUGUUGGGCGUCAGCAAGACGAACGCAUCGGUGACAGUGAGGAACUCAGGGGUCAAAUUCGAACGUCCAGUCAAACGCGCGGGAACUCGGGGAUACCGAGCGCCCGAAGUGCUCAUGGGCAUGCAGUGCCAGACCACAGCAGUGGACGUGUGGGCUGCUGGGGUAGUACUGCUUACCCUGCUGUGCCGCACGACACAGUUCCAAUGGUUCCAGUAUAACGACAUAGUCACGGCAACGAUGGAGAUCUACGGCUUGCGCAUGUACAUCAAGAGCAUGGAUGCUGUGUGGAAGCUCCUCGACGUUAAGAUUCCACCAUUGGAACUGCAUCUCAGCUAUGCCCGCGGUUUCAAGCAAACAUGGCGGACCUUGUCAAGCUCCCUGGGCGCGCAUGCGGGAUGCAAGGACUGGCUGGAGGUGGAUGAGAAACAUGCGAUCUGGGACUUCCUCAACUGCUGCCUCAACAUCGAUCCCCGCACGAGGAUUACAGCACUGGAGGCUCUGAAGCAUCCCUUCCUCAUUAGUGCUGUCAAGUAA